AUGACUGUCGACAAAAACAUUACCAACGACGUUGUCGGUGAUAUUCCCGACGACUGGCGUCUCGAGCUCUUUGGUGAAAACAUCCUCCUAAACUCCAUGGUCGACCAAUCCAAGAUGACCAAGGAUGUCGAAAACCCUGAAGCACCCCAAGAAGACGCCCCCUACACCGUCACAGAGUCACAGCCUACACAAGAAUUCUUUGAAGGAUAUGAAUACAUUGCUCUCUUCUUUGGAGCCAACUACUGUCCCUUCUGUAAAAAGUUCGCUCCUUCCGUCGUUGCUGCGAAGCAGUUCUUGGAAGGAAAGAAGUGCAAGACCAUCUUUGUCAGUAAUGACCGUGAUCAAGACAACUUCGAUCAGAGCUGUGCCAAGGUCCGCGGUCUCGAUGUCAUGGAAUAUGAUACUACCAAGACGGCCGCCAUGAGAGACCUAUUCGGCCUCAAGACCAUUCCUGCAUUGAUGAUCCUCGCCAACAAGGACUUUGAGUCGAAGAAACCAAAAAUCUAUAGCAACGCUCGCGAGAUCCUCGAAGUCGAUCCCCAAUGCAAGAACUUUCCUUGGGGCUCGAUCGAAAGUCGUCAAGCUGCCCCUGUGACCGCUUGGGAACGUAUCUGGAUCUCAGGCAAGCACGGUAACUGGUGGCAAUUGGGACACCGCAAUGUGUCUGAGGUCCACCCUGGAGACAUGUACAUGGACGAACACGCCGUUCGUACCCGAGCCGGUCUACUGAAUAUUGUCACUGUGGUGGCAUUGAUGAAUGUCUUCUUCAUUGAGGAUCCCGAGUUGGUGAAUAUCAUCUUUCCCUUGGUGGCGUGGGAGUUUACCUCGUCGUUGAUCUUUGGACUGACUCCGUUUGCUCCACUGGGAUGGAUCGGGACCAUCAUGUCUACCAUCUUGCAGCCCACGCCAUUGUGGAAGCCUGCCAAUCCAAAGCGGUUUGCCUGGGCCAUUGGAUUGAUGUUGGCCACGACUUGUUUCAUCUUGGUUCAAUACCGCAAGGAGUUGGGAGCUGCGUACAAGCCAUCAGUAACAGCGGUUGCGUUCACUUGUUUCUUGGCGACUUGGUUGGAAGGAAACGCCGGCUUCUGCGUUGGAUGCUUUCUCUACAACAAUGUAUUGACAAAAUACUUCCACUACGAAGAGUGCAACGAAUGCAAACUGUAG